AUGUCCAUGGAAGAAGGCGUUAGAGGGCAAGGAAGGGUAUGUUCACUCAAAACCACACUGGUUAGGAUACUGUCUAUCGUCCAGUGGUUGAGGAAUGAUGCCCAAGCCCAAGAGUCUUUGGAAAUCCCACUCGAUGGUGUUUUCGGUCUUCCAGCACCAGAACACCCAGCCGGCGUUCUUGCCGUACAAGAACGAGUCCAUCUGUGCCUCCACGUACUUUCUAUAGUUGGCCACCACGUCGUCGGUGAAGUAGCUGUCGUCAGCCGUGUACAGCUGGUUGCACGAGCCGAUAUAUUCUGUGUUGGAGAACGUGGCGUCGUAUCUUGCUCCUCUGUUGGCGCCGUUGAGCCACUUGGCGCAGUCGGUGAGAGCAGCAGUCCACUCUCCGCACAAGCUCCAGUGGAACUCUGUGUUUUCGGACCAGCCCCAGCCACAGGCCGUCUUGACGUGCUCGUCGAUCGUCUGCUGCAAAGAACCAACGUCAAACACCUGGUAAUGGUGGUGGUCCACCACCACGUCCCAGGCAUUGGGGUCCUGCUCGGUGUUGAGCACGUUGUCGAACGUGUGGUCUGGCAAGUACGCGUCGUGGAUGAUCACCGGAGCGUCGCCGUGGUUUCUCACGAGCUCCUCGAUGCCAAUCACCACGUCCGCGUACUUGGAGCCGGCGUAUUUCGUGGUGAUCUGGUCCAGAAUGUCCACGGUCAGGUCCACGUAGCCGGUGGUGUUUUGCCAGCUAAUUUCUCCGCGACGGCCAGAGUUGUCGAACCCGUUCUGAGAGCCCGGAGCACCGUGCAGGUCAAUCCAGGCCUUAAGUCCGUGGUUUCCACACCACUCCAAAGCCUUGUCCAGAUACUCGACCUGGCCCUGAACGUAUGGGUCGCCGUCCGCAAGCUGGAACGCCCAGUACCCAAUAGGCAACCGCACAAAGUUGAGGCCAGCAGCGGCAAUGUACUCGAAAUCUGUUUCAGUUAUCCACGUGGACCAGUGCUCUUGCAACCGGGACUCUGCCUCGUCCUUGCCAAGAGCCUGUGUGUAAUGCCACUCGUCCACAGGCACUUCCGAGGUUUCGGAAGCGGCCUCGAACAAGGAGGGAGUGAUGUAGGGCUCCAACACGAGCCAUCCUCCGAUGUUGACACCGUAGAUCUUAUCUGUUUGGUAGUUCCACCGGGAGUUUCUCUUGAGGAGGGUGAGAGGGCCGGCACUGGCCACCGCGAAAAGCGUGGAGGCGAUCAGAGAAAUAGUCGAAACCUUCAUUAG